GCUGUAGGCUCAUUUCCUGGACCCUGAGAGAGAGAGAGAGAGAUGAAAAGAAACAGGAAGAGAAGGAGAGAAUGUCCCUCGAGGUUUGAUGAAGGACAUGAUGACUCUGAGAGGGUGAUGGAGGGUCAUGGUGUGGACUCUGCUGUGGAUCAGUGUGAGUGUAAAGGAGGUGGACCCUCGAAUACCGGUCUGUGUGGGGACCGUGAGAUCCCGAGCAAAACUCAGAGAAUCCAUCAGAGUCCACACUCAUCUAGACCUGAACCCAGCUAUGUGUCCGUGAGCAGUGACAGGAUGCAUCAGAGUCCAGACUCACCUGGGCCUGGACCCAGCUGUGUGUCCAUGAACAGUGACCGGUCGAUAGGUCAACCUCCUAAAUUCAAAGAACAACGACUGUCUGCUGAAAAGACAGUGAAGCAGCAGAUUUCAGAGGUUCUCAGGGUUCCAUCUGCUCAGCAGCAUCAAAGACGCCUGAACCACAUGUUUACGAACAUUGAGGAGAACAUGGGGAUGUUUGUGAAACGUGAGCUGAAGAUGAUCCAGAAGUUUCUCCUGACAAAUGAUGCAGAAUACUUGGAGAGUCAGAGCGAUGAUGAGGAGCAGAGGAGCAUCCGACUGGUUUUCCUGGACCUCACAGUGUCCUUCAUGAGGAGAAUGAAUUAUAAUGAGCUGGCUGACUGUCUGCAGAGCAGAACUCGUGCUGAAGUUUGUCGUCAUAAAUUCAAAUCUAAGGUGAAGCAGAAGUUUGAGCGUGUGUUUGAGGGGAUCUCUAAAGCAGGAAAGACGACUCUUCUGAAGGAGAUCUACACAGAGCUCUACAUCACAGAGGGCGGGGCUUCAGAGGUCAACCAGGAGCAUGAGGUCAGACAGAUUGAAGCGGCAUCCAGGAAAACAGACACACCACAAAGAACCAUCACAUGUGAAGACAUCUUUAAAGCCUCAGCUGACACUCAGCCACCAAUCAGAACAGUGCUGACAAAGGGUGUGGCCGGCAUCGGGAAAACAGUCUUAACACAGAAGUGGACUCUGGACUGGGCUGAAGGACGAACCAACCAGGACUUCCACUUCAUAUUUCCAUUCACUUUCAGAGAGCUGAAUGUGGUGAAAGAGAAGAAGUUCUGCUUGGUGGAACUUGUUCAUCACUUCUUUCCUGAAACCAAAGAAGCAGGAAUCUGCAGCUUCCAGCACUUCCAGGUCUUGAUCAUCUUGGACGGUCUGGAUGAGUGUCGCCUCCCUCUGGACUUCCGCAGCAAUGACAUCCUGACUGAUGUCACAGAGUCGAGCUCAGUGGAUGUUCUGCUGACAAACCUCAUCAGGAGGAACCUGUUUCCCUCUGCUCACCUCUGGAUCACCACACGACCUGCAGCAGCCAAUCAGAUCCCUCCUGAGUGUGUGGACAUGGUGACAGAGGUCAGAGGCUUCACUGACCCUCAGAAGGAGGAGUACUUCAGGAAGAGAUUCAGAGAUGAGGAGCAGUCCAGAAGAAUCAUCUCCCACGUGAAGACAUCACGAAGCCUCCACAUCAUGUGUCACAUCCCAGUCUUCUGCUGGAUCACUGCUACAGUUCUGGAGGACGUGUUGGACACCAGAGACACAGCAGAGCUGCCAGAGACCCUGACUGAGAUGUACAUCUACUUCCUGGUGGUUCAGUCCAAAGUGAAGAAGGUCAAGUAUGAUGGAGGAGCUGAGACAGAUCCACUGUGGAAUCCAGAGAACAGGGAGAUGAUUGUGUCUCUGGGAAAACUGGCUUUUGAGCAGCUGCAGAAAGGGAACCUGAUCUUCUAUGAAGAGGACCUGACAGAGUGUGGCAUCGAUAUCAGAGCAGCCUCAGUGUACUCAGGAGUCUUCACACAGAUCUUUAAAGAGGAGAGAGGACUCUACCAGGACAAGGUCUUCUGCUUCAUCCAUCUGAGUCUUCAGGAGUUUCUGGCUGCUCUUUUUGUCCAUCUGACCUUCAUCCAGUCUGAAGUCAAUCUGCUGUACAAAGAGCAAACAUCAUCCAGAAGGUCUGAGACGUCUGAAGAUAAACCUGAACUAACAUGUCUCCAUCAGAGUGCUGUGGACGAGGCCUUACAGAGUCCAAAUGGACACCUGGACUUGUUCCUGCGCUUCCUUCUGGGUCUUUCCCUGCAGACCAAUCAGACUCUCCUACGAGGCCUGAUGACACAGACAGACAGAAUCACAGACACCAGUCAGGAGACAGUCUGGUUCAUCAAGAAGAAGCUCGAUGAGAAACUGUCUGCAGAGAGAAACAUCAAUCUGAUCCACUGUCUGAAUGAACUGAAGGAUCGUUCUUUACUGGAUGAGAUCCAGCAACUCCUGAACUCUGGACAUCUGUCUGGAUGGGGUCUGUCUGGUUCUUAUUUAUCAGCUCUGGCCUUCAUCUUAUUGUCAUCAGAUCAACAUCUGGAUGUGUUUGACUUGAAGAAAUAUCAGCCUUCACAUGAGGCUCUUCUGCUGCUGCUGCCAGUGAUUAAAGAAUCUAAAAAAGUUUUGUUAUCUGGCUGUAAUCUGUCAGAGAGAAGCUGUGAAGUUCUGUCUUCAGUUCUCAGCUCUCAGUCCUCCAGUCUGACAGAACUGGACCUGAGUCAGAACCGGCUGCAGGAUUCAGGAGUGAAGCUGCUGUCUGCUGGACUGGAGAGUCCACACUGUCACCUGGAGACUCUCAGGCUGAGUUUGUGUGAUCUGUCAGAGAGAAGCUGUGAAGUUCUGAGCUCAGUUCUCAGCUCUCAGUCCUCCAGUCUGAGAGAACUGGACCUGAGUAACAACGAUCUGCAGGACUCAGGAGUGAAGCUGCUGUCUGCUGGACUGGAGAGUCCACACUGUCACCUGGAGACUCUCAGGCUGUCAGGCUGUCUGAUCACACAUGAAGGCUGUGCUUCUCUGGCCUCAGCUCUGACCUCCAACUCCUCCCAUCUCAGAGAGCUGGACCUGCGCUAUAACCAUCCAGGAGACUCAGUCGAGCUGCUGGAUCCACUCCGCACUCUGGACUCUCUCAGGGUGGAUCCUGGUGGAGUCCGAUGGCUGAGACCAGGUCUGAGGAAGUAUUUCUCUGAACUCUUUCUGGAUCCAAACUCAGUGAACAGAAAACUCAAACUGUCCAAAAACAACACAAAGGUAGAACAUGUGGACGAGGAUCAAUCAUAUCCUGAUCAUCCAGACAGAUUUGACCUUUGCCCUCAGGUCCUGUCCUCAACUGGUCUGACUGGUCGCUGUUACUGGGAGGUCGAGUGGAGACGACGUGUUGAUGUGUCAGUGUCUUACAGAGGAAUCAGAAGGAAAGGAGACAGUGAGGACUGUAUGUUUGGAGCUAAUGAUCAGUCCUGGACUCUGAUCUGCUCUGAUUUUGGUCAUCGUUACUCUGUCUGUCACAAUAACAGACGUACAGUCCGUCCUCGCUCCUCUUCGUCCUCUCACAGAGUCUCAGUGUUUGUGGACUGUCCUGCUGGCACUCUGUCCUUCUAUGAAGUCUCCUCUGACUCUCUGAUCCACAUCCACACCUUCUGCUGCACAUUCACUGAACCUCUGUGUGCUGGGUUCAGGUUCUUCCCUCGUUCUGGUUCUGGUUCUUCAGUGUCUCUGUGUGGACUGUAGGAUGGAUUGUCUCCUCGUGUGGACAAUCAAUCAUGAGUGUUUGGACAGUAAAUGUCCAGUUGGUUUGACUUUGUCUGCGGAGCAACACGUGGUUUAGUGGUUAGCACUGAUGCAUCACAGCAAGAAGGUUGUGGGUUCACUUCCUGCCCUUUCUGUGUGGCGUUUGCAUGUUCUCCUGUGUCUGUGUGGGUUUCCUCUGGUUUUAUCCCACAAUCAAACAUGGUUAUUUCGGGUCUGCUCCUUUCCUCCUAAGUGUCUUUAGUCAUUUUGCAUAAAGAUGUUGUACUCAUGUUUACUGUUUCGGCACUUUGGCAAAACAAUUUCCUUCGGGAUUAAUAAAGUUCUUAUUCUUUCUCUGCCCCUGACCAAG